CUGCUUACCCACGAUGCAGCGCGGUUGCACACAACAUAGCCAUCUUGUCAGAAGAGAGGGGGAUAGCUGUCGGCGCUGCUAAGAUUAUCACUUGUUUCAAGUGGAACAUUUGGAGCUCUAUUCGCUCUUCUACGAUAGAUAGCGACAAAGUAAAGUGUUCUCGACGGACGUCCCGUCGUCGGUAAAGCAGCUGAAACGUAGGCGCGCUUAAGUGAAGAUGUCUCGUAUACUUGUACCGACGUAGAGGGGGAGUGUGCGGCGGCAGCCACUUGGCUUGAAUUGUUAGCUAGCUCAGUGAGUGAAGGGCUGCGGGGCCUCCUUAGCCUAAAGUAGCUCCUACAGCUUGGCAACACAUUCUGCGACAACGGCCGGCCGGCAACUGGACAGCCCGGGAAGCAGCAGGCCGGUCUAUAGCAGUCGUUAUCCAGGUAGCUUUUAUUGGUGUCAGGACCCGCACUGCUGGACAAGGAGACACGAAGUGUGGCGUUGAGCUUCAUGAAACGCAACAGGAGACCGAGAGAGGAAGAGGAUGGCGCAGAUUCAUCUUGAUUCCAGCUAACUAGGAAGAGGAAAACAGACCUGAGUGUGCUUUUUAAUAUGAUCGAAGCUUAGUUGGAAACAAGACGGAAAGCUUCCACCAGCUCACCGCUUUUUGACGGAGCAGAAAAACACAGCCAUACGGGACCCGGAAUCAGACUGGCCAACAUGUCGAAGAUGCCGACCAAGAAGAGCUGCUUUCAGAUCACAAGCGUGACCCAGGCCCGGCCCCCGGGUACCACCGACGACACCGAGAGUCUAGACGACCCGGACGAGUCGCGAACUGAAGAAAUGUCGACGGAAAUAUACGACGUGUCCCGGGCGGAAUACGAGCCCGCGUGUGACAGGAGUUCCUCCGAUGAAGCUCUGAAUAACGUUGGAGAGGCGGAGGCGCAAUCAAACGCACCUCAGGCCACUCAGCCGCCUGGGCCAGGAGUUAAUACGACCGGGGAGUUGAGAAAGGUUGUAACGCCUGGCUCCGUUCACGGUGGUCAGCACCAGUCGGGGAUUAGCGUGACAACUGGGUCACCCCUCAUGACUCAGCAUGGAGGGGUGCAGCAUCAGCCCCCUGCUACAGCCAGCCCCAGUGUGUCAGCUAACACAUCCUAUUCCGCUGCUGGACCGAGCUCUUCCACCUCGACAGUGAGCUGCUCAUCACGCUUCAGGGUCAUUAAACUGGAUCAUGGUACUGGAGAGCCAUUUAGAAGAGGCAGGUGGACAUGUACUGAGUUCUAUGAGAAGGACUCCGAGACUUCACAUGCUGGACGGACUGACAGUAUAAGACAUGCCAGUGUAACACUGGAUCCUGCUGCAGAUAGAGACAGUGGACUUGGACCUUCAGUGGGGUCCACAGUGUCCCCAGCCACACACUCUGGUCCUGGUUUAGGCUCCAUGGCAGAAGGAUCGCACUCUUCACUAUCGCAGCAGGUCUUGCAUCAGAGCCACAGCAGCCAGCAGCAUGGAAGCAGCAGUUCUUUCUCCAGUGUAAAUCCUACAGCUCUCCCACCUCAGUCAUCUUUGGGGGGCCUUCAGCUUCAUGGUGCUCAGAAUGUCCUUCCCAUUGGACAGAACGGCCUGCCCCACUCUGAAGUCCACCUACAGAAGUCCCCAAUGAUGCCUCCUUCCUACCCAACACAGCAGCCGGUUCCUGGGGUCCACCCUAUCACCAGCCAGUCGUCAGGACUGGUGCAGCACCAGACAGAGUAUUAUCAGCAGCCUCAGCCUGCAUCCAUUCCGCUGGGGCAUUCCGGAGGACAGUCUCUUCCAGUGUCGAGCUUCUCUGCAGUGACUGGUGGACACAUCCCUGCUCCAGUCAUGCCUCCAGUUUCUGGAGCUUCUGUUGUGAGUCAGGUUGGAGAUGCUGGUUUAGUUGUAGGGGUGUCUAUGUCUGCUGGACCACCAGUUCUUGCUGCCUUACAGCAGUCUCAGACUGUAGGGUUUGGAGUUCCUGGGGGUCCCAUGUUGGUUGGUGGAUCCACCCUCCUACAUCAGACUACAAGCCAGUACGCCCCAGCCGGACAACCUAAGCCCAUCGGCCAUUCCACGCCUUGUGGUGUGCAAAAUGUGCCUGCCAUCACCGUGGGUUCAAGCGCACCCACGAGUGUGCCCCCUGCCGUGCUCAGUGCCUCCAUUGCAACCAUGCCAAAUGUGACAACCUCCAGCUUGCCUCCUGGUCAGAUAGCGCACAGCAAGACUCCAGGGGCCUCGGUGGAGCUGGUCCUCCCAACAACCGGAUUUGGACAGGUGGAGGCAAGUGGUGGAAGGAAGUCAGAGGGCGCAGUCAUUGCACAGUCUCCUGUUGUGUCUGGAAGGGAAGCUGCAAAGCCCUUCAUGCCUGAGACCCUGCAGCUCACCACUCCUGCUGUCACUAGCCUGUUUGGAAUCCACAUACCUGUCGACGGGGAGGAGGACAGGAACCCCUCCAUGGCUUUCUACCAGGCCUUCCAGUCUGGCAGCAGAUUAAGAGACUCAAAGGCUCACAGUGAUAGUGCCUCUGGAACCAACAUUGUUGCCAUUGAUAAUAAAAUUGAACAGGCAAUGGACCUGGUGAAAAGCCAUCUGAUGUAUGCUGUGCGUGAAGAAGUGGAGGUCUUAAAGGAGCAGAUCAAGGAGCUGUUUGAGAGGAACUCUGUGCUGGAGAGGGAAAACGCUGUGCUAAAAUCUCUGGCCAACAGCGAGCAGCUGUCUCAGUUAACAGCUCAGACAGGCGCCACCGCAGCCACCCCUGGGUCCUCCUCCACCUCCACCCUCCAGCAGCUUCAGCCUGUACCCCAGCAGCUCCAGCCACCGCCCCAGCCUCAACCCCAGACUCAACUUGAUGCUAGCCAACAACCGCAGCCCAACGUCACCUCCGCUUGAAGAUCAUCUGCCCUGCUUUGAACAGGGCAGAACUAAAGAAGAGAAUCUUCUUGUACAACUUAAUCUAAUUAGUAUAUGUGAAAUUAAAAAGAAAAACACUGUCUUAGCCACCAGCUUGGCCACAAAGUACAGUGCUUGUGUGUGUGAGUGUGUGUGUUAGCAAGCAAUCGAGACUGUGUACAGGUUUUGGAAUGUAUGUGUGUGUCUGUACUGUGGGCCUUUCCAGUGUUAAUGCAAUCAAGAGUGACUGAGGGGCUUACAAGAAGUGGGACAGAGGGGAGAUUUCAGGCAGGAUAGGGUAGCUUGUCAUCAUUCAGCUUGCUCCAACGCUGGUUCACUUCUGGCUCUGAACAUGUGAUCUCUGAUCAGAACCGAUCCAAACCUCCCAGCCUGACCUGAAACUUGCUCAAAGUGGGGGUACAGAAAGCAGAGGGGUUCACUGUAUGAAAGAAACAGACAGGAAGUAGAAAAAGUGUUUAUUUUUUUAAAUGAGACAGAGUGGGGGUAGAUGGGGUUAUUUUUGCGUGGAGGCUUCAUAUCGGGAUCCGAGAACUGGGAAUCUUUUGGUUUUGGUUUUUUUUUUCCGGAGCGCCACACUGCUGCCGUUACCUUGUAUCAAGUCCAACUCUUGCAUCAGUCCCUUUUGAGUUUUACUGUUAAUAGUGUUUUAUUUAUUACAGGGCUGCUAUUUCCACAAAUGAACAAUUUCAUGAAACCUGUUAAACAGUAGCCCCUUGACUCGUUUCUUCUGUUUUUUAGUGUUUAAACAGCUCAGCCACACUUCCAGGCUGCCCUCUGUGAAGACAAAUAAAAUGUAGGCAAAGAAAAGAAAUACAAAUCUGACAAAUGUUUAACACUAACUCAGAUAUUACGCUGCAAUUGCCAAUUCUUAGCUUGAGCUCGAAUGAAUGUACAUUUUUGUAUAGUAUAAAGUAUUAGUUGACAUCAGAUGUUAAUAUAAGCCAGCAGAGGGGGCAGUUUAAGAGAAGCCAGUUAUUUCAUCUUAAACUGAAUUUAAGAGUAUUACCAUGCCCCCUGUUUACUUUCAGAUUUAUCUCCACUGGUUUUCCUGAGGGCAGGGGGGCCAAUGGGGAGAGGGGAGGGGAGAAGCUGUGAAAUCAUCCAACAUACUUCAACGUACGUCAACCAAAGAUAAAAAGCUGUGUAAAAUGAUUUUCUCUGAAAUGCACACAAUUCUUUUCUUUUUAUUUCCUCCUACACAAAAUAGUAUCGUUGCUGUUCAGCAUGUUCUGCAUGAUCCGUAACCUUCAAACCACUUUCUUACCUCAUUUUUAUUCAGCACUCUUAAUGUAAGAUAGUCUGAACAUUGUAAAUGGGUCGGGGGGGGGGGGUGUAUGUUGCCGAGCAGCAAGCUGAAAAUAAAACCUAGUGUUGCUGACACUAGUCCCAGAAAAAUGAAGUGAGCCAUGUUUUGUUCAUUUAAAUGGUGUUUGAAUUUCAUAUGCCAAUAGUUUUGUUACUUUGCAAAUUUUAUUGUAUUUAAAUAAAAGCAAUAUUUCGAUUCCAA